CCGCCACCGCUGUUAUCGCACGAACGUAAACAAACGGCAACGAUCGCAAAAUGCUUUGCAUUUCAAAUUAAUAAACAAAGGAAAACUACUACUAUGCAGUGAUGGAGGCGUAUAUACGCAACGAGCUGAGUGUCAGCAGCGAUCUGACACUCGAUGAAGCAGCCACACAUUCCGUGAAGCUGCUGCAAUGGCUGCUCGAUGUCGAGGAACAAAUGCAGGAGACGCAACUGGAACUUUGUUAUGCGGACAUCGAGUGCAUGUUCAAGGCGAUGUUAUAUCUCUUCGAGUGUCAUACGCGUCAUGGCGACGAGCUAGUCGAUGCUGUGCUCCAGCAAUGCAACAAUUCUGCGCCAGCGCGAACUUUCUAUGCCAACAGCGAAAUGGAUCGAGCGCAGUGCAUUCAAGCGUUGUGUGUGCGCAUUGUGAACGGAACCCGCGAGGGCCACAAGUGGGCACCCAUAUUGCAUCACAUGCACAAAGCGUACGCCGAUGUGCAGCCCGGCUGGAGCAGCAUCAAAGAACUCAACUGGCCACUGGCGUUAGAGGAAAGCAAUAAACGGAAUCAAACACUCGAUGUGGCCAACAUGGACCUCAAUAUGGAUGCGUUGCGUAUGCGUGCAUUGGUGCGACGCAUCUUUCGGCUGCCCAGCGUCCAACAGAUGCAGACGGCCCUGGAGCGUGGCAUGCAACAAUUGGACACAGAACUGUGGCUGCAACUUUUUCGCGAGCCCAAACAGAGCAUUGUCUACACACGUUGUCGUCUGUUGCGUCAGCUCAUCUGUGAUCUGCUAGCCGAGGGUGUGACAAAUGCCAAUCCAGCCACUGCCACCUUUAUGCACAACAUUUACAGCUUUGUCGCCGAGGGCAAUACGACGAAUGUGGCACGUUUGUUGCGCUCCUUGAUGCAUGUGCGUUUUGCCAGCGGACUGAGCAGCUAUCUUCUUGCCUAUUGGACGCAACAGUUGCCGUAUUUACAGCUGGACGAUGACAUGCAGCUGGCGGAAGAGGCACCUGUGUUGCCUGCUGUGCCGCUCGAGGAGAUGCUUUAUUUAACACAUCUACUGCUCUCACCCAAAUCUCCGUGUCGCGCUCAAUUUUAUGGUGCGCUACGUUCAUUGCCAAUGCUGCAACGCCUGCGCGACCUGCUCAAUAAAGUUGCUUAUGUUUAUAGUUAAGACUCAUUUGUGAAU